AUGGUGUCUGCUAACUCUCACGAUUAUGUUAGUGGGGAGAAAAUACAUGUAUUGACGGACGUGGAACAUGAGUUGAAUGCAGAAACUCAUACCGGUUCCAACUCCAUCUCAUUUGGACUUCCUCAGCUAUCGGAAAAAUACGAUGCCUUGAGACAAAACAGAAGCUUGAUUAUUCAGCAGACCGAAAUCUUUGGUGCUGCUUACAAUAAAUGGUACUUACAAGUGUUCUUGCUUCUCAGUGCUUUUAUAUGUGGCUACGGUUACGGGCUGGACGGAAACAUCCGUUAUAUUUAUACUGGUUACGCUACAUCUUCUUAUAGCGAGCAUUCUCUUUUAUCUACCAUCAAUGUCAUUAAUGCGGUGGUUAGUGCCGCCUCACAAAUCAUCUAUGCCAGAUUGUCCGAUGUUUUUGGUAGACUCUAUCUUUUCAUCAGUGCUGUUAUUUUAUAUGUUGUUGGCACGAUAAUUCAGUCGCAAGCUUAUGAUGUUCAAAGGUACGCUGCCGGUGCUAUCUUCUACAACGCCGGUUAUGUAGGUGUAAUACUCAUUCUUUUGAUCAUUCUAUCCGAUUUUUCAUCCCUGAAAUGGAGACUGCUAUAUCAAUUUGCACCCACUUGGCCUUUUAUCAUCAACACGUGGAUUGCUGGUAACAUCACCUCUAGAGCUAACCCUGUUGUGAACUGGUCUUGGGAUGUGGGUAUGUGGGCUUUCAUAUUCCCCUUAUCGUGUAUACCAAUUGUGUUGUGUAUGUUACACAUGCAAUGGAGGGCCAAAAAGACUCCUGAAUGGCACACUUUGAAGGGUCAAAAGUCUUAUUAUCAAGAACAUGGCUUUAUCAAGAUAAUAAAACAAUUGUUCUGGAUGUUAGAUAUCAUUGGUGUCCUCUUGAUGGGUUGCUCCCUUGGUUGUAUCCUAGUCCCAUUGACCUUAGCUGGUGGCGUUAAAACUACUUGGAAUGACUCAAGAUUGAUCGGUCCCUUUGUCCUUGGUUUUGUUUUGAUCCCUGUCUUAUGGAUUUGGGAAUAUAGGUUCGCUAGAGAUCCAAUUCUUCCAUACAAGUUGGUCAAAGACAGGGCCGUAUGGUCCUCCAUGGGUAUUUCCUUCUUAAUCGAUUUCAUCUACUACAUGGCUGCUGAUUAUUUAUACACAGUAAUGAUUGUCGCUGUCAAUGAAUCCGUGAAAUCUGCGACAAGAAUUUCCACAUUAUCCUCCUUUGUAUCUACCGUAGCUUCUCCAUUUUUUGCAUUACUUGUUACGAGAUGCACCAGACUGAAACCAUUUAUCAUGUUCGGUUGUUCACUGUGGAUGGUUGCUAUGGGUUUAUUGUACCACUUUAGAGGUGGCAGUCAAUCACAUUCUGGUAUUAUUGGUGCAUUAGGUGUUUGGGGCGUGGGUACUACAUUGUUCACUUACCCAGUUACUGUUUCGGUACAAUCUGCCGUCUCUCACGAAAAUAUGGCAACAGUUACUGCUUUAAACUACACCCUCUACAGGAUUGGUUCUGCAGUUGGUUCUGCAGUCUCUGGUGCAAUUUGGACUCAAACUUUAUACAAGCAAAUUUUGAAGAGAAUGGGUGAUGUCGCUUUGGCCACAGCCGCUUACGAUUCCCCAUAUACUUUUAUUGAGACCUAUACUUGGGGUACCCCACAAAGGGUUGCUUUGAUGAACGCUUAUAAGUAUGUUCAAAGAUUGGAAACUAUAGUAGCUUUGGUGUUCUGUGUCCCAUUGAUUGCACUUUCGUUAUGUUUAAGAGAUCCUAAAUUGACCAAUGCAGUAGCAGUGGAAUACAUCGAAGAUGGUGAAUAUGUUGACACGAAAGACAAUGACCCAAUCCUAGAAUGGUUCGAAAAGAUUCCAUCUAAAUUCACCUCUAAAAGGGACUAG